AUGAGUUAUUUUUUGGCUUUCUGCAAGUCUCAUCGUGGCUUGGUAUUUACUCAGUAUCAGAUGCUGCGAGCUCAUGGACACUUGUGCGAUGUUUCACUAGUUGUAGAUGGCCAUGAGUUCCCUGUACACAAGGCAUUGCUUGCUUGUUCUAGUGAUUACUUCAGAGCAAUGUUUAAAGAUUAUACAACAGAGUCCAAGGCUUCUGUUAUUCACCUGAAAGUUAUCUCGGCCACAGGUCUGCAAAACAUUCUAGAUUUUAUAUAUACAGCAUGGCUGUCUCUUUCCUUGAGCACUUUGGAGGAUACUUUGGAAGCUGCAAUUUAUCUCCAGGUGGUGGAUGCGAUACCAUUGUGUAGUAAGUUUCUGAUCAAUAGCUGUGACUUGGAAAACUGUUGCUUUGUUGCCAAUAUUGCUUUAAAAUAUUACCUUGUAGAUGUUUUGGAAGAAGCAGAAAAGUUUAUCACAAAUAAUUUAUGGAAACUGUUACAAGAAGAGAUAAAAGGGACAGAACUGCUGGAAUUAAAUGUAAAGUCAAUGAUAAACCUAAUUAAAUCAGAUAAUAUCCCUAAAGUAAAUGAACAAUGCUUAUUAAGUUUAGUUCUUAAGUGGCUGCAGUAUGACAGAACCAGACUUUUACAUGCUAAAGUGUUUUUUGAAAAUGUCCGAUUUGGUCUUUUGUCGCUGGAUACUCUCAGGAAACUUUACAAGCAAUCAGAGGUUCCUUUAACACCAUCCAUCAAAAAUCUCAUCAUAAAAGCAAUUAACUAUCAUUCCUUCCCUACAAAGCAACCUCUUUUACAGGAUAAAUACAGCACUCUACGGAACCAAAAGGGAUGGAUACUCCUUGUUGGCGGAACAGCCAAUGGGGAAUUAGUUGAGAAUGUUCUAGGAUUUGAUGUCUACUCUCAUAAGUGGAGAAUGGUAACAAACUUAAAAGUGAAAGUUCAGCAUCAUUGCAUGUGUGUGAUUGGUAACUUCCUUUAUGUGAUUGGAGGAGAAACUACUGAAAGUGCAAAGAGCAGCUCAAGCAGUCCUUGCUUCUCAGCUACAAAUGCUGUCUAUCGUUUUGACCCAAGGUUCAACAAGUGGAUCCAAGUCAGCUCCAUGUUAGAACAAAGAGCACAGUUUUCCUGUUGUGUUGUAGAUAAUCACAUCUUUGCUAUUGGUGGCAGGGGCAAUCAACAAGUCACAUAUUCAUCAGUAGAAGCCUAUGACAUAAACAGAGAUGCUUGGACAAGAUCUAAAGACUUGCCUUGCAAAAUACAUGGUCAGGCCAAUGCGGUGCAUAGUAAUAUAAUUUAUAUCUCAGGAGGCAAACUUUAUGGCCAAACCAACAGCACUAAGGAUGUGUAUUCUUUUAACAAGCUGGAAGGACAGUGGAAAAAACAAGCACCUAUGACCAUUGCAAGGUUCGGUCACCAGAUGGCCACUGUGAAGGAUGCAAUAUUCACAUUCUUGGGAAUUUAUGAACCAUUUUCAGAUAUAGAAAAAUAUGAUCCAAUGCACAAUCAAUGGACUCGUUUGAGACCAAUGACCUUCGAUCGGUUUUGCUAUGGCUUAGUGGUGGUGGAGCAAACUGUGCUUUUUCUAGGUGGUAAAAAAUGGCAGCACUCCCAGGAGGUGGCAACACAUAACAUUGUUGGUUAUGAUGCAGAAAAUGACUGCUGGGAAGAAAUAUGCAGUCUGGCUUUUCCUUUUUGCGGUUUAAAAUGUGAAGUUCUCCAGCUGUCAGAUGUAAAUGAUGAAAAUGACAUAAAUGGAAAUGUGCAUUCACAAAUUAAGUAA